GCCCCGCCCCGUCCCACCCGGCCCGGCCCGGCCCCGCCGCGGGACGGGUAACGGUUACGAAGCACUUUCUCCGCGGCGAUUUCUGCUUAGUCAUUGUCUUCCUGGAAACGGCCGCUCUAGCGGGAGUCAGCUCUCCCGCCGCGGCCGCAGUAGCUGGAGCCGCAUCCACUGGCGCGUCCUUCCCCGGCCGCCGCUCCGCCGUCGCCCGACCGCCCUCUGGCCCGAGCGCAGGCCGGGGUCCCACCGCGUGGAGCGAGCAGCCUCGCGCUCCGUUCUCCGGCCUCCGGGGGGCCUCCUUCCCCGCCUGCGGCCGCCGGGCCCGCUCCGUCAGCUGCUGCCAUGGGCACCGACAGCCGCGCGGCCGGGGCGCUCCUGGCGCGGGCCAGCACCCUGCACCUGCAGACGGGGAACCUGCUCAACUGGGGCCGCCUGCGGAAGAAGUGCCCAUCUACACACAGCGAGGAGCUUCGAGACUGUAUCCAAAAGACCUUGAAUGAGUGGAGUUCCCAAAUCAGCCCAGAUCUGGUCAGGGAGUUUCCAGAUGUCUUGGAAUGUACUGUGUCUCACGCUGUAGAAAAAAUAAAUCCCGAUGAAAGAGAAGAAAUGAAAGUUUCUGCAAAACUGUUCAUUGUAGGAUCAAACUCUUCAUCAUCGACUAAAAGUGCAGUUGACAUGGCCUGCUCAGUCCUGGGCGUGGCGCAGCUGGAUUCUGUGAUCAUCGCCUCGCCUCCCGUUGAAGAUGGGGUUCAUCUUUCCUUGGAGCAUCUACAGCCUUACUGGGAAGAAUUACAAGACUUAGUUCAGAGCAAAAAGAUUGUUGCCAUAGGCACCUCCGAUCUGGACAAGACCCAGUUGGAGCAGCUGUACCAGUGGGCACAGGUAAAACCAAACAGUAACCAAGUUAAUCUUGCCUCUUGCUGUGUGAUGCCGCCCGAUUUAACUGCAUUUGCUAAACAGUUUGACAUACAGCUGUUGACUCAUAAUGAUCCAAAAGAACUGCUUUCGGAAGCGAGUUUCCAGGAAGCUCUUCAGGAAAGCAUCCCUGACAUCGAGGCGCAUGAGUGGGUGCCCCUGUGGCUACUGCGGUACUCGGUCAUUGUUAAGAGCAGAGGCAUCAUCAAAUCCAAAGGCUACAUCUUGCAAGCUAAGAGAAAGAGCUCUUAACUACGACCCAGCGUCAUAACCCACUGACUCGUGUCUCCCUUGAAUAUAAGAUAAAGUCGAGACUGUGGAAAUCAAAUUCCUGCCUGUAAAAUGUGUCAUUGAGGCAGAUGUUCCGUCGUUAGUAUUUGGCGACAUGUUACCUGUCGAGCUUGAAUCCUUCUCUUGCUUCCAUAUCAGUUCACUCGCCUGAACCGUUGUAUUGUUUUCAUUUAACUCUUGUUUUCUAGUUGAAAUUGUCUAUGAAGAAAAUACUUGCAAUAUAUUUUUCCUUUAUUUUUAUGACAGUAGAAAUCAAGAAAAUUUGUUGUUAGAUCUAUUUUGGCCUAGGCAUCAGGGUAAUAUAUAUACAUAUUUUUAUUUCUAAGAAACUCAUUAAUUGCUUCUUAUUCUAUAGUAUAACUAAUCAAUUUAAUUACAUUUGUUAAAACUGAAGUAGUGGAAGAUAUUUUUUCUGACAUUGAUAAGAUAAUUAUAUCUCGGAGUAACUUGGAGUAGCUGGGAUGUACUAACUAGUAUUGUAAAUAAAAUCCCUUUCUUCAUUACAUGAAUGGAAACUUAAAUUUUCUUAUGUGUCCUUGCUUGGUAGUUUACCUGUAAUGAUUUAACCUCAUAUUCUUAUGCCACAUUUGCUCUUGCUAUUAUUACAAAGACAAACCAAAGUAAAUCUGUAAAGGAGACUAGAAGCUUUGAAAUUAUUGUUUGGGGGUUUUAUAAAAGCAACUAUUGUCAACCUCCAGAUUCUUUUUAAUUCUUGAUUUAUUCUUAAUAAUUUGCUACCCAUUCAAGAAUAUUCAGUAAAUAUUGAGCACAAACCCAAAUGUGCUGGGCACUCUAGGCUCUGGAGAGAGGAGGGGAAACAGGGAUUAAUCAGUUGAGGAGUUCCCUUGUGGCUCAGUGGGUUAAGGAUCUGGCAUUGUCACUACUGUGGCUUGGGUUGCUGCUCUCACACAGAUUCGAUCCCUGGCCUAGGAACUUCCAUAUGCCAUGAGCAGGGGGGAAAAAAGAAUCAGCUGGGUAAAAUAUGCAAUAUUUGUUCCCCACUAGUAAUGAACUACAAAGAACUAAAAUCCAAUAAAGGGGGUAAAAAAAAUCUAUAACUAUUGAAAAACAAAAUGAUAUAACCAAAACUUUAGAGCUAGAAGAGAUUACGGAUAAUUUAAUAUGACUCCUCAUUAGUUUAAGAACCAGAAAAUAGCAGAUAAGUAAGCUGUGACCUUUGAUAUACAUGUCUUUGUACUUCCAUAAAUUUUUAUGUAUAACCUAAAUGGUUUGCAAAAUUCUUUAAAAAUCCCUUAUAUCUCAGUUAAUACUCUUAAACCAUGUAUUUUAGUAUGCGGCUUAUAAAACUAAGCUAAUUAUAGAUAAACUAAUAUAUAAAACGAAUUUUGCCCACAUGUUUUCAACUUAGGGAAAAGAGCUGUGGUUUCAUAUUCAAAAUAAAUACGCUAGACUCUUUUUCUAUCUUAGGUAAGAUAGGUUUUCUAGUUACCUAGUUUACUAGUUGGAUAAUUUGAUCAUUAGAAUUGAAAUGUGAAAUCAGCUGAUUUACCUGCAAAGACUUGUUUAGACUUUGAGGUUCCUAAAGCCUUACAUAUAGCAUUUAUAUUAAUUGUAUGGGAUGGUAUGAAAUGUAUAUAGUUAACUUUUUUAUUUGGAAACGUACAACAUUUUUUAAUGUAACCUAAGUCUUCAAACACUUGGUUUAAUUUAAGCCUAUAUAGUAAAUUGGACAAAAUACUUUAAGAGGGAACUUUAAUAUCUCAUUGGUUAUUUUUUUAAACCCUGGACUUAUAAAAGUGAAUGUUUGAAAGGUUAUUUUGAAAAUAGAAGAAAUGCUAAUAUAUCCAGAAUUCAUCAGGAGCUUUUUUGUGUUUUUUUCCCCCCACUUUUGACAAGGAAGUGAGAUUAUAAAUUCAUUUUGUGAAGGGGAUCAUGCAUGGCUUUUUAAAAUGAGUUUGUUCUGCUUCAAUACCUUAAUUUCUGCUAUUGAAUAACAUUUUUUAAAAAAAAAACUUAUUUUUUAAGGGCUUUAUCAUUUCUAAGCCUAUAUUCACUUCUUUUUUUGGUGAACUUUUAGAAUACAGUGAAUUCUUUUCAAAUAUCGAAGGACUUAAUGUUUAAAAGCCAUAAAAUAAAGAGUGGUAAUACUACCAAAUAAUCACUGAACGCCUCAGUUAUGGAUAGUGUGUAUAACAUCUGUUUUCGGGGGGAGAUGUGUAUCCAGAGACCUAAGGUAGAAAGAAUUCACGUGACUUUUUUUCUGGAAAACCUGACAAGCUUUUGCUUGUCAUUACAUGUCCAAAAUACACUGGAGCCUUACUUCAACACAACGUACUGUAACUUGGAAUUUGCUUUGUGAUGAGCCUAUUUUGAACUUUCAUCUAAGAAACUGUAUUUAACAAAAGGAGCGAGGUGUCUUAUAAAAACUGUUCACAUGGUGUAAAUUACGAAGACCGUGUUGUGCCAGUGUCAUCAUAGAGGAUCCAUUUAGGAAUGGCCAGCGCUAUAACUUGAAUCACAAAUACUAGCUAAUAAUUUUUCCAUUCACAGAAAAGAUUAGACAGCUGUGUGUGAAAUGGAAAAUGAAGUUACUCUAUUUGGAGUGGAUGAUUCAGAUUUUUCCGUACCAGAGCCAAAUAGUAACUGAAAUAAGAUCUUGAUUUUCAGUGAUAAAAGGUCUAAGGCUCAUUUAAUUGUGACUCUUUUUAGAACAUUUUUUUCCAUCCAGUAUUCUUAAUAUUUGGGGAUAUAAGCAAUUUAUAUAUGUAUCAUACACACAUAUAUAUAUGUGAUAUUGGCUGACAGACAGUUUACCGUCCUGCCAAAUGUACAUUUAGAGGAAUUCGAAGUUGUUUUAAUGAGAAUUUAGUCACUUUGUGUUUUCAUAUUCAAAUAGACCAACUUAGGAUUCCAAGUCUGUUUUUUUCAAAGUUUCUAACAUACCAGAACUUGUACCUGUUGUUUUCCCAUAAAGUGGGUGGCAGGCUAUGUCUGUUUUAUUUUUUAAAAAUAUAUACUAUAACUUGUAUUAUUUUUUAUAGUUUUCAGAGUUAGAAAUAUACUUAGGAGGGGGAAGUGUUUUAGGUAAUUCUACUUUUAUGUGUCUUUAGUAGUGUACUGUAAAGUAAAGGCAAAAUAUAAAGCAUUAUUAGAUGUUUAUAAUAGUUUUUAAUUUUACUUGUAUUAUUUAAUUAAAGUGUGAGCUGUAUAUUUAAUUGAAUUUUUCAGUAGUUGUAAUCAUCUUGGAACAUUAUAUUGAUUUUGAACUAUUUAAACUCAAACUGAGUGUGAUUUUAAAAUAUGAAAAAAGUUAAAUAUCCAGGUUAUUCAUACAUUCAUUCAACAAAAAUUUAUUGAAUGCCUACUGUGUGCCAGGCACUGUGCAAGGUGUUGGCAGAUAGACACAGAGAUGAACAUAGCCUUCUCUUCAAAGAGCAGAUAAGUAUAUUUGGGAAGACAGAGAAACCUCUACAUGAACAAGAGCAAUAAACGGCUGCAUGUGUUAAUAAUGGAAUCGACGAAAGGGAAGUGGAGUCAUGUGGAAGAAAGGGGACCGCUGGGAAGCAGGACAGGGACAAGAAAGGCUCCCUGGAAGAAACUAGCCUUAGAUUAGGAUCAGAGCAUGGGGUGUGGGCUGUGGCCUGGUUUGUAAAUACACUUAUAUGGAAUGAUGAACAGUUUACAGGUGAACUUCAGAAAUUCAGUGUAAACACUUUCCUCAAGAGCUUGUUCUUAAGAAAAAGGAAUGGCUUCUAGUAAGACAAGAAUAGGUAAGGUGUGAAAGUCACAUUUUAGAAAAGAUAAAAACUUGCCCCAACCUCCUAAAUAUAUUAGGAUAUGACUGUGUGUAGUUUCACUACCAGAAACCUUGAUAUGUAUCACUCAGCAAUGAAUAAAUGUAUAAAAUGUCAUAUAAGA